AUGCGUUGGAUUGCUGUAAUACUUGCCGGCCUCGUCGCUGUGAAGGCUCAAGACUUUGCUUCGUUGCUGGGUCCACUUUUGGGAGGAGGUGGAGGCGGUGGAGGAGGAAUCGGGAAUAUCCUCUCCGGAUUCGGUGGCGGUGGCAAAGGUCCUGAUAUUGGCAGCUUGCUGCAGUUAGGAGCAGGACUACUGAAUAGGAAUGGUGGAGGAGCGCCAGUUUUGCCAAUGCCGGCACCAGCUCCGGCACCCGGGCCAGCUCCUGGACCCGUGGUUGGCGGUCCAAGUAAUAUUGCAGUGCCAGACUACUCGGACUACGACGCAGAAAAUGUGAGCGCAGAGACGAAGAAAGACAAAACCAAGUAG